AUGAGAGACAAUGCUGAUGGCUGUGCCAGGAGAAUAGCUUUGAAUUGUUCAUCGGAUGGUUUCUUCGGGCUGGAACAAGUGAAGUUGCCUGAUACAUCAAAUGCCACCGCGCACAGCAGCAAAAAUCUGGAAGAGUGCAAGGACUGGUGCCUGAAGAACUGCUCUUGCAGUGCCUAUGCUAUUAGUGGAGGGAGCGGGUGCAUAACAUGGACCGGAGAUCUGGUAGAUAUCAGAGUGUUCACCGAAGGAGGGGAGAAUCUAUACAUUCGGCUUGCAUCUUCUGAAUUAGGUAACGAUUAUUUCCUGAGAGGGCAAGGAAAAGGUAAGACAAUUACUACCCACUAUACAGAAAGCAGAGGAAAUGAACUAGAGUUACCUUUAUUUGAUAUACAUACCAUAAGAACUGCCACCAACAACUUCUCUGAUGAUAAUAAACUUGGAGAGGGUGGAUUUGGCCCUGUUUACAAGGGUCAGUUGGACGAUGGGGAAAAGAUUGCUGUCAAGAGGUUGUCCAAAGAUUCUGUGCAGGGCAUCCAUGAAUUCACAAAUGAGGUGUUGGUGAUAGCUAAACUUCAGCACAGAAAUCUUGUUCGCCUUCUCGGUUGCUGCAUUGAAGGAGAGGAACGAUUGCUGGUGUAUGAGUACUUGCAAAAUACAAGUUUGGACUGUUUCAUAUUCGAUAGGAGAAGACGUGCAUUUUUGGACUGGCAAAAGCGCCUCAACAUCAUCUUAGGAGUUGCUCGAGGACUACUUUACCUUCACCAGGACUCUAGGUUGAAAAUUAUUCACAGAGAUUUGAAGGCCAGCAAUAUUCUUCUUGAUGAGGAGCUGAACCCAAAAAUCUCAGACUUCGGUACUGCAAGAAUUUUUAAGGUUGACCAAAUUGAAGAGAAUACAAAUAGAGUUGUUGGGACAUAUGGAUAUAUGUCACCGGAGUAUGCAAUGGGUGGUAUCUUUUCAGUGAAAUCAGAUGUCUUCAGCUUUGGUGUUCUAGUGUUAGAAAUCUUAAGUGGUAAGAAGAAUAGAAUGAUCAAUCAAAGAGAAGCUCGUGUAAACCUUUUAGGACGUGCAUGGAGACUAUGGACAGAAGGUAGAUGCUUGGAAAUACUUGAUAAAGCAGUGGGAUGCGCAUAUCCGGAGUCUAAAAUAUUACAGUGUAUCCAAGUGGCUCUCUUGUGUGUGCAAGAAGGGAGUGAAGAUAGACCAACAAUGGCAGAGGUGGUGCUCAUGUUAGGCACUGAAAGUGCACUGCUACCUCAGCCUCAAAAGCCAGGUUUCUACAUAGCAACUCCUCUGAUGGAAAGAAAUUGGUCUUCCAGCAAUAAAAUUACAGUUACAAUUGAAGGUCGAUAGAAAUCUGUGACAUGAGUUUUUUUUGGGGAU